AUGUCCACCGUCGCGCGGGCGGCGACUUUGCGCUCCCAGGCCCCGGCCUUCAAAGCCGUUUCUCAAGGAUCUCGGACUCUUUCAUAUUCGGCAUUGCCCAAGCUGUCUGGUAACAGCCAAAGGAACACUCUCCAGCUGAGCCAGGCCCCAGUGUCCCAGCUCGUCUCGCCGUUCGCCGCCCUCCCUUUGACCCGAUCUUUCCACGCUGCCACUCCUCUCUUCCAGCAGCAGCAGCAACAAUCCAAGGACGAGAAGAAGUCCGACGAGUCAAAGACCGAGUCCGAAGGCGAGAAGGAGGAACCGGGCAAGGAGGAGGAGAAGAAGGAGAAGAAGGAAGAGGCACCUCCGCCACCCCAUGGCGACAAGUCGCCCUGGCAAGUUUUCCGUGACACCCUCCAGACCGAGUUCAAGGCCUCCAAGGAGUGGAACGAGUCUACCAAGGCCCUUGCUUCCUCCGCACACGAGUUCUCUGAGAAUGAGAACAUCAAGCGCGCUCGUGCUGCUUACCAGGCGGCUUCGGGCGCUGCCUCUACCCGCACAUCCGAAGCCCUCAAGACUACUGGUCAGGCAAUUGGAAAGGGUGCUUCUUGGACUUGGAAUACUCCCGUCGUCAAGGGUGUCCGAAAGGGUGUUAGCGCUACCGGUGCUGGACUCGAGAAGGCCACGAGACCCGUGCGUGAGACGGAAGCCUACAAGAGCGUGAAGGACGCCAUUGAUGAUGGUAGCAGCUCUCGCUACGGUGGAUGGAUCGAGAAGGAGGAGCGUCGCAAGCAGCGCCAACUCCGUGAGGAAAUGGAGAUUAAGGCUGGGAAGCGCCCCACGCAGCCUAUGGAGGAGGACCCCAACGCCGGUACCAACAUUACUCUUCACAAGGAUGCCGCUUGGAAGGAGUCUUGGAACACCUUCCGUGACUCUAACCCUAUGAUGCAGAAGCUCUUUGCUGUGCGGGAUGUCUACGAGGAGUCCGAGAACCCCCUUAUCAGCACUGCUCGUAGUAUCACCGAUCGAAUUGGUGGUUUCUUCGCCGAGACCGAGACUGCUAUGGUUGUCAAGAAGUUCCGCGAGAUUGACCCCAACUUCCAGAUGGAGGAGUUCCUGCGUGAGCUGCGCGAAUACAUGCUUCCCGAGGUUUUGGAUGCCUACGUCAAGGGUGACGUUGAGACUCUGAAGCUCUGGCUCUCCGAUGCUCAGUUCUCCGUUUACGCCGCUCUUGCCAAGCAAUACACUACUGCCGGUUUGAAGUCCGACGGCCGUAUCCUGGAUAUCCGCGGUGUUGACAUCUCCAAUGCUCGUCUGCUGGAUCCUGGCGAGAUCCCCGUGUUCGUCGUCACUUGCCGUGCGCAGGAAGUCCACGUUUACCGCAAUGUCAAGACCAAUGAGCUUGCCGCUGGUAUGGAGGACAAGGUUCAGCUGGUCACCUACGCUAUUGGCCUGACCCGUAUCCCCGAAGAAGUCAGCAACCCUGAGACCCGGGGUUGGAGACUGAUCGAGCUGCAGAAGGCCGCUCGUGACUACAUUUAA